UAGGAUCCGUCAAUGGUGUUAAUAUAAUGAGUCGAAUUUUAUCGAGUCGUAGAAACCACAACACACAAAUCGAUCGACCUCAACAACCCCGUCAUAGCCAUGCCGCCAAUUUACUCAUCUGAUGAUUCUGACGUAGACUUCGUGCCACAUAAGAAGUGGAUCGGCCAUGAGAGGUCAAUGCAUGAGGUCCUCGGUGGAGGAAGAGUGGCAGAUUUGCUGCUAUGGAGGAACAUAAACGUGUCGGCCGCACUUUUGGCGGGGACAACCCUGAUAUGGUUCAUGUUCGAGGUUGUCGAAUACAACUUCGUGACUCUCGUCUGCCACACCUCGAUCACAGCGAUGCUCGUGAUGUUCAUAUGGCGCACCGUCGCCGAAAUCUUCCACCGGUUCCUGUCUCCCAAAUCCUCUUUCCCAAAGAACUGCAUAAUCAUCACCUUAUCGACCUGCAUAUCGAACUUUAUCUGUUUCUUACAGGUCUAUCAUUUUUCUGUCAGGGAACCUCCUAACAUCCCGAAACUAAUCCUAGAAGGUUCGAUGUUCAACGAGAUUGCUCGGACCUUUCAUGCAAGAUUCAACCAGUUCUUGGCAAAGCUACUUGACAUUGCCUGCGGAAGAGAUGUCGUCCUUUUCGCACUGGUAUCCCUCAAACAAUGCUUCCAAGUCUCGACAACACAUGCAAUCUUUGUUCUAUACAUACUGUCAGUAAUUGGAAGCUGCUUCAGCUUCUUGAAUCUCCUUUACCUGGGAUUUCUGUGCAUGCAAACAUUGCCGUUCCUGUAUGAUCGGUAUGAGGAAGAAGUGGAUCAUCUCGUCGGAAGAAUGGCUAGGGAGGUCAAGAGGCUCUACAGGAGGUUCGACAAACAAUUCCUCAACAAGAUACCGAGAGGGCCAGUGAAAGAAAAGAAGACCAAAUGAUUCAGGAAUAGUUGUACGGGGUCGUGAAGUCACUUUUGUGUUCAUUUGUACAGUUUACAAAUAUGUGAAGGGUAUAUAGCAGAGCUCUCACUGGAAACAGGUUUCCCUCUGAUGAAAAGGAAUGUUGAAAGAAUAAUGUAAUGCAUGAAGAUGGACUCUUUUGGAUUGUCUAAAA